AUGGGUUGCUGGAAUGAAAGAAUUACAAAGGAGUUUGCAAAAUUAAAGCAGAAGGCAACUGAAGCUCAACCAUACUCUGGCAAAGUUGGAUCUGAGGACUUGGACAAUGUUGACAUGGCUUACAGGGUUGUGGCAGACCACAUUAGAACACUUUCGUUUGCCAUUGCUGAUGGCUCUUGUCCAGGCAACGAGGGUCGUGAAUAUGUCCUAAGGCGCAUCCUUCGACGAGCUGUGCGAUAUGGUACUGAGGUCCUCAAAGCUGAACAAGGUUUUUUCAAUGGGCUUGUAAAAGUUGUGGUGGAAGUGAUGGGUGAUUUUUUCCCAGAGCUGAAACAACACGAGAUAAAGAUAAGGGAAAUCAUUGCUGAUGAAGAGGCCAGCUUUGGUAGGACAUUGGUUAAAGGAAUUGAGAAAUUUAAGAAAGCUAUAUAUGAUACUGGAGUCGUUGAAGUCCCCAGUGGAGUGUUUGGAGUUAGUAAUGUUCAAAUGUAUGGUGGAUUUGUUGUUCAUAUUGGUUCUUUCGAGGGGAAGACUGGCAGAUUAUCUGUUGGUGAUAAAGUAAUAUGUAAGGUGAACUAUGAGAGGCGCAAGCUGAUAGCUCCGAAUCAUACCUGUACACAUAUGUUAAAUUUUGCUCUAAGGGAAAUACUUGGUAAUCAUGUUGACCAGAAAGGUUCCAUUGUUCUUCCUGAGAAAUUGAGAUUUGACUUUUCUCAUGGGAAGCCUGUAAAGCCUGAGGAUCUGAGGAAAAUUGAGACAAUUGUGAAUGAACAAAUUAAGUCUGAAUUGGAUGUAUUCUCAAAGGAAGCUAGGCUGGUUGAUGCAAAGCAUGUCAAUGGUCUAAGAGCUGUUUUUGGAGAGGUAUAUCCUGAUCCCGUUAGAGUUGUCUCGAUUGGUCGAAAAGUGGAGGAUCUCCUUGCUAAUCCUGAAAAUGAAGAAUGGUUAUCUAUCUCUGCGGAGCUCUGUGGGGGGACCCAUAUAUCAAAUACACGAGAAGCUAAGGCGUUUGCUCUCUUGUCCGAGGAAGGAAUUGCUAAAGGAAUCCGUAGAGUUACUGCAGUGACCACGGAUUAUGCUUUUAAAGCCAUGGAACUUGCAUCCUCACUUGAGCAAGAAGUAAAUGAAGCAUCAGAGACAGAAGGAAGCGUUCUGGAGCAGGUUAUUUCAUAUAUAUGUCAACAUAUUUAAAGAACACACUUGUUUUCACUCCCUCCAUGCACGAAGAUGCAAGUUUUCUUGGUGUAUGUAUGUAUGUG